AUGUUUUGUCAUUUAAAUGUGGUGCGAAUAACUAAGCCACUCUGUAGGAACUUCAACAUACAGAAUGGCAAGGUAUUGAUUAAAAAAAACAAGUUCCCACCUCGACCUAAAUUGGGUGCAGAUGAUGAAAACGAUAUCGAAGAAACUUUUUUACAUGGAGGUCGUGGCCCUGGAGGUCAAAAAAUCAACAAGACCAAUAGUAAAGUGCAAUUGAAACAUUUACCUAGUGGAGUUAUUAUAACCUGUCAAGAAACACGUUCCAGAGCACGUAAUCGAGAUAUUGCCCGAGAGAAAUUGGCUUUGAAAUUGGCUGAAUUGAAAGGUGAUACAAGACGUCAAGAUGCGUUGGUUGAAUGGGAACAACAAAGCAAGAGGAGUAAAGCGAAAAAGAGUCGUCAAAAACAUGAACAAGCAAAGAUGAAUCGAGAGUUGGAAAGACAGCGGGAAUUGGAACAGGAGGAGAAGUUGAUUGAAACGAUGAUGAAUGCUACCGGCAAGGCAAAAACUACACGAUGA